AUGAGAACCUCCUGGUUGGGGCUGUCCCUUAUCUCUCUAUUAGCCGGUCCGUCUUUAGCUGCUCCUUCGGACGUUGAAUCGAGCGAUGGAAACCGACUUCAGAAGAGAGCUACCAAAGGGGUUGACCCUGACGAGCCCUCUGUAUUCAAUGGUCUCGACGUACCCCCGCUUGUCCACCUGACUGCGGACAAUUUCGACGAGCUCACAAAAGAUGGCACUUGGAUGGUGAAACACUAUUCUCCCAAUUGUGGUCACUGCAAGAAGGCUGCUCCUUACUACCAAACCGCCUACGAAUACUAUUACACCUCGAAUCCCGUUUCACCAGCUUCGGCGAAAUCCCCGGAUCCCAAAUCCCUCAACUCAUUCACGAAUUACUAUAACUUCCACUUUGCGUCUGUGAACUGUCUCGCCUACGCCGAUCUUUGCGAGAAGCUUGGGAUCACAAACUAUCCAACAUUCGGCUUCUACGAAAAUGGUGUUCAAAAGGAGGUUUCUAUUGGCGCAAAGAAGAUUUCAGCCCUCAGCAAGCUCAUUGAAGAGAAGCUUGAGACCAUCAAGCCUGGAUCUCGCCCUGCGUCAGGUAUUAAGUUGCCAGAGGUUGGCGCCACUCGCGUAGAUUCCACUGCAGAGCCAGACUCUCAGGUUGUCGAGGACGAAGACCAAGAGACGGUUGCAAAGACCGGGGAACAACAGGAGCUGAUCUCAGAGAAGGGUUCUGGUUCUCCUGUCGAUACCAAGGCCACCGAUUACACUGUCUCCAAAAACAAACCUGGGAGCGCCCCUCCUAAUCCGCAGGGAAUAUCUGUUGACUUGACCGCUGAAAGCUUCCAGAAGCUUGUUACCACCACUCAAGACUCCUGGUUCAUUAAGUUUUACGCUCCUUGGUGUCCUCACUGCCAGGCCAUGGCUCCAAACUGGCAGCAGAUGGGUAAAGAAAUGAAAGAUACUCUGAAUGUCGGUGAAGUAAACUGUGACAGGGAGCCCCGCCUCUGCUCAGACGCUCGCGUUGAGGCUUUCCCCACUAUCUACUUCUUCCGAGGCGGCCAAAGAGUCGAAUAUACUGGUUUGCGCGGUCUGGGCGAUCUGCUCUCUUUCACCAAGAAAGCCAUCGGUCCCUAUGCGAGAAUCGAAGAUGUGGAUGCCGCAACGUUCAAAGAACUCGAGGAGACUGAGGAAGUUCUGUUCCUGUACUUCUAUGAUCACGCGACAACUUCAGAGGAUCUCAGGGCCAUGGAACGUCUCACUCUCAGCCUCGUGGGCCAUGCUCGCAUCGUUAAAACUAGCAGUGCUGCUUUGGCGGAGCGAUUCAAAAUCUCCACUUGGCCACGCCUCUUGGUGGUCCGUGAUGGUCGCCCCAACUAUUACAACGCUCUUGCUCCCAAAGAUAUGAGAGAUUUCCGACAGGUUCUUACCUGGAUGCAAGCCGUGUGGCUGCCAAUUGUUCCGGAACUCACAGCUGCAAACGCCGAGGAGAUCAUGAAUGGAAAAUUCGUGGUUCUUGGUAUCCUCAGCCGUCGCCGUUCCGAUGACUUCAAGCAGUCCAAGCGUGAACUAAAGGAAGCAGCGUCCGAGUGGAUGGAUAAGCAAAUUCAAUUGUUCAAAUUGGAACGUUCCGAACUGCGCGACUCUAAACAGCUGCGUAUCGAGGAGGCCGAUGAUCGAGACGACCAACGCGCUUUGCGAGCGGCCAAGAACAUGCGUAUCACUAUCCGUGAAGAUGACAAAAAGCCCGUUCACUUUGCCUGGAUCGACGGUGAUUUCUGGGAGCGAUGGCUGCGUACCACCUACGGUAUCGACGUAAGCAACGGUGACCGCGUCAUCAUCAACGACGAAGAUAACCGCCGCUACUGGGACCUUGCCUCUAGCGGAGCACCCAUCAUGGCCUCGCGCACAUCGAUCUUGGAAACAAUCCCUCUUGUCAUUUCUUCUCCACCCAAACUGUCCCCCAAGUCCACCAUCGGUACUAUAGAAUCCUUCUUCUUCUAUACACGAUCCUUCCUUAGCAGCCACCCCAUCCUAUUCUUCAUUCUCUUGGGUCUGACAGUGGCGGUGGCAACCAUCUUUGGCCGUGGACGUUUCUUGCGCCGCACUGGCCUUGGCCGUGGUGGAAUCCUGGGCAACUCUCCCAGCGCCGGCAGUGGUGGCUUUUUCCACCUUGAUGGGAAAGAAGGAUUGUUAAACGGAGGCUCGACCGGAAAAGUCGAUUAA